GUAAUCUUGCCGUUCAUUACCUGACGACGAACAAAUUGAAGAUUCUAUUUAGGAAUACAAAGAUAUCGUGGAAAAAGCCCCAAAAUGGAGCGGCCAAUUCCCAAGUUCUAACAGAGUCAACGGCCCGACACCUCUCUCUAUUAUUCGCAAGUGGCACCCUGCGAUUCUUCACUUCAAUUCCCUCGCCUUUUCUCCCCCCCUCACCAUCGACAUUUCACAACGAAGCAGAGAGAACCGGCGCCGUUUUUCCCUAAUCCCUACACAUGUCUGAAGCCGUACACCUCUCUCGAGCUCCCCCUAUCGGAGCUUUACCCUCUUCCAGAAGAAAACCCACUUCGAUUGCUUCUUCCCCAUCAUCAUUCCCUUCUCUAGCUCGUCGGAAUCGCUCCCUGUCGAGCUUCAGAGGAGCUCUUUCCUUUUCCGGAAAAUGCCGCGGUUCUAAUCAUUCUCCGGCGGGGUGGCAAUUGUCCGGUGGGAAAGUCGGGGUUUUUAAUGUCUGGAGUGGGGAAGGGUCCGUACAGGAGCUGGACGACGCGCCUGUAUCGAUUGAGCUGGAGCCCAUUUGCAGCGACACCCAAUUUGACCGGCUUAUAGCUGACGCCCAGCAACUCGACGAAGGGGUUAUUGUUGUUUGGACGGCCAAAUGGUGCAGGAAAUGUAUAUACUUGGAACCAAAAUUGAAAAGACUAGCAGCCGAAUAUCAUCCAAGAUUGAGAUUCUACCGUGUUGAUGUCAACAAUGUUCCUCACAGUCUUGUAGCUCGAGCAGGAGUCACUAAAAUGCCAACAAUACAGAUGUGGAAAGAUGGGAAGAAGCAGGGUGAAGUGAUUGGCGGACACAAGGCUCAUUUGGUGGUCAAUGAAAUUCGAGACAUGAUUGAAAAUAACGAUGCUGACAUCUGAUCUCAAAGACAGCUUUGAGCUAACUUUGCAGGUCCUUGAUCUAUGGCAAGUAAGGUCACGGUUUUCUAGGCUGAUCUCAGUCUAUUGUAUCUGCGGUUCGUUCAACUUGUGGGGUGGGUUAUUUUUGCAUUGUCAUAUGUUAGCCAUCGUCUUUUCGAUGUUGAUUCUCAAAAUAAACGAUGUUGCAAUAAAGGAAGGUUAUCAUAGAGUUGAUUGAGCUUAUUAGUGAGGUGAAUUCAUAGAGUAUAUGGAUUCCACACAUAUGUACGGGUUAGUGGAACUGAGGUCUUGAAUCGACAUAAUCAUAUGAGGAUAGUAAGUCAACACUUCACAAACGGGAAUUUUGAAACGAUAGAAAGAAACUUGGCAU